AUGCAGACCACAUUCCAACAAGGGUACAUCACAGACCUGGUCUGCCCUCCUCCGCCGCGGGGCAAGACGGCCGAAGACGUCCUCGCGAUGGGGUUCUCCCUGGCGCUCGACAUGGUCCACUCGGCGAGGACCAUGUGCACGCUCAACCCGUUCGUGCAGGCGGUGGAACCCAUGUCGGACUCGCACCCGAAACUCGUCGACACGCGCGCCCUGGCCAAGACGUUCCAGGUCAGCCACGACGACGCCGAAUACGCCACGGGCCCGUUCGUCCAGUACGAGAUCAGGGACAAGUUGCCCGUGGUCGGCGGGUGGAGUACGACGCUUGUAUACCAUAGCGCGCUGCGCGAGACGAGGGACGGCCUUGAGAGUUUGACGAACCCGGGAAACGGCGUGACGAUCCACGGGAGAUGGGUGUUGAGUGUCGAUGGUGGUGGAGGAGGAGGAGGAGGAGGAGGAGACGCGAAAGGUGAUGCACGCACCGCCACUUCUACUAACGGUGGUGGUGGUGGUACUGCCGCUGCCGCCGCCGCCGCCCAAAGAGACGAAAUGACCAGACCUGCACCGCCCCAGGAGACCGACGAUGGGAAAUUCAGUCUGGGAAACGCGAGCGGCGUGAUUCAUUUGCUCGAGACCCAAAACACGAGGUGCAACGUCUUGUUGAGCUGGUACAUCAAGCAGAGUCUGGACAAGAGCCACCGCACUACGCAUCAGAGGUUCAAGGAGAUGUGGAGGGAGAGGAUGAAGAUGGUCUUGUACCCUGAGAAUACUUGA